AUCUUUUGUGCCCUUCCUUGUUUUAGGGAGAAUCCAGGUAAGGCUAUUUCAGCAUGUAUGAGCUUUGUUCCACUACUUGGUGAAGUACAUGGCUUUUUUGCUAGUCUUCCAAGGAUGAUAAUUUCCAGGCUCCGCAUGUCAAAUUGCUUACUCCUGGAAGGAGAUUGCAGCAAGUGGGUUCCUCCAUGUAAGGUUUUGAGAGGUUGGGAUGAGCAGGCUCGGACACUUCUAUCUGAUAAUUUGCUGCAAGAGCACCUUGGCCUUGGGUUCUUGAACAAGGAUAUAAUUCUGUCUGAUCCGCUAGCAAGGGCAUUAGGUAUUGAGGAAUAUGGUCCCAAAACUUUUCAGCAGCUCUUGUCUUCUUUGUGUAACAAGGAAAAUGGUCUCCAGUCACUUGGUCUGUCCUGGUUAUGUCGCUUGCUAAAUGUUCUUUACACGAUGUCAUUUCAGUCUUCUGGUUAUGUUGCUGAUGUCUCUAGAAUGGAGAAAGAUCUCAUAAAGAACCUUCAGAAAAUUGCAUUUAUUCCGCUUUCUGAUGGUACUUACAGUUCACUAGACAGAGGUACUAUAUGGUUGCAUACUGAUGGCAUGAGCAGUGGAUCUGAUGGUGAGCAUGGGUUUAGAGCAUUUCCCAGUAUGUAUAGGAAACUCCGUAUUGUAAGCCCUGCCCUCUUCUCGGUGACAGAUGAUAUCUCAUGUUUGGAUCUGGAUUAUGUGGAUAAUGUCACAAAGUUGCUUCACAAAAUUGGUGUUCAGCAGCUAUCAGCGCAUGAAAUUGUUAAAGUACACAUCUUGCCUUCACUAUCCAUUGACGGGAAUAGCAUGGAUAAGAACUUAAUGAUAGAAUAUGUUUGCUUUGUGAUGAUCCACCUGCAAUCUGGCUGCUGGGUUGACAGGGAUUCAAUUGUAUCAGAGUUGAGAAAUAAAGCUUUAAUUUUGACAAAUUAUGGCUUCAAACGCAUUGUUGAGGUGCCAAUUCAUUUCAGUGAAGAUUAUGGGAAUCCUAUAAAAAUACGUCAGCUGAUUAAUGUUACAGACAUGAGAUGGCAUGUGGUUGACUCAUCCUAUUUGAAACAUCCAGUCACCAAGUCAUUCUCUUGCGGAAAGAUGAAGUGGAGGGAAUUUUUUCAGGAAAUGGGUAUUGCUGAUUUUCUGCAAGUAGUUCAAUUCCAGAAGAGUAUUACUGAUAUACAUCCUGAAACUUCUAAAAGAAUGCUUUUGGAUAUGGACCUUAUCACCCCUGGGUUGGUUGUGACAGAUUGGGAAUCAAAAGAGCUAGUUCAAAUGUUAUCCCAGUUUUCUAUAAAAGGCAAUAAGGAGAGUAGCAAAUAUCUGUUGGAGGUUCUUGAUACUUACUGGGAACAUCUUUAUUGUGAUAAAGUAAAAGGUUAUUGCAACCCUACAUCUAAUGGGGAUCCAAUACCCUUCAAGUCAUCGUUUAUGAACAACAUCUGUGAUCUCCAGUGGGUAGUAUCAAGCAUGGAUGAUGAUCUCCACUGCCCUAAGGAUUUAUUCUAUGAUUGUGAGGCAGUGCGCUCAAUUUUGGGCGCUUCUGCUCCCUAUGCCGUCCCAAAGGUGAGAAGUGAAAAGUUGCUAAGUCGUAUUGGGUUCAAGACUGAAGUUAACCUAGAUGAUGUUCUCGCAAUGUUGCAAGUUUGGAGAAGAUGUGCCAACCUUUUCAAGGCCAGCGUAGCACAAAUGGCAAGGUUAUAUUCAUUUAUUUGGAAUGAAUUGGCUUCUUCUCAGAUAAGAAUGAGUGAAGAGAUUAGAACGAGUCAAUUUAUCUUUGUUCCAAGUGCAUCUGGAUCUCGGCAGGAGGAGCUGGUUUUUGGCAUAUUUUGUUCCCCUAAAGAAGUGUAUUGGCAUGAUUCCACUGGUUUAGCGAAACAAAUAAAUCAAGUAUAUUCUCAGUGUAGAUUGUUGGGUGCAACUGAUGGCCUCCCUUGCAAGACAUUGGACAAUAUCUACCCUGGUCUUUAUGAUUUCUUUGUCAGGGAAUGCGGUGUUCUUGAGGGCCCUUCUUUUCAUGUUUAUCUGAAAUUGUUGGUGGAGUUGUCCGCUACUGCCUUACCUUCGCAAGUAGCUAAAAGAGUAUUUCAAAUUUUUUUAAAGUGGAAUGAUGGAUUAGUCUCAGGAUCCAUAACUGCGGAGGAUAUCAGCUAUUUCAAAGAAUGUUUGACAAAACCAGAAUACACCAUGCUCCCCACGGUGCUUGAUAAGUGGGUAUCCCUGCAUCCUUCCUUUGGUAUAGUGUGCUGGUCUGACGAUGAGAGUUUGAGAAAGGAACUUAAGUAUGUAGAAAACAUUAAUUUUCUGUACUUUGGUGAACCCAGCGACAAUCAAGAGAUGCUUCCUGCAAGUGUUACUAAGCUCCUGAGGACCUUGGGGAUUCCUGCACUUUCUGAGCUUGUAACUCGUGAAGCAAUAUAUUAUAGUUCAGCAGAUGGUACUCUAAAAGCCCAAUUGAUUGACUGGGCACUUCCCUAUGCCCAACGCUACAUCUACAGUGUGCAUCCUCCGCGAUAUUUACAGCUUAAGCAGUCUGGUUUUGACUGUCUUAAACAGUUGCAAUUAGUAGUAGUUGAAAAAUUGUUCUACAGAAGUGUGAUCAAAAGUUGUGGCAGUUCAUCCAAGAAGAAAUAUGACUGCAGUUGUUUACUAGAGGGAAAUGUUCUUUAUGUUGCUCAACAAUCAGAUUCUCAUGCUUUAUUUUUGGAGCUCUCUCGAUUAUGGUUUGAUGGAAAUCCAGAAUUACACAUAGCAAAUUUCCUUCACAUGAUUACGACUAUGGUGGAAUCGGGUUCCACUGAGGAGCAGACAGAGACUUUCAUAUUGAAUAGCCAGAAGGUGACAAAGAUACCUAAUGAAGAAACCAUUUGGUCCCUUGCAUCUCUGCCUUCAAGAGACCUUGAUAAGUCCCUCCUGAUAAUUUCUGCUUUAGGAGGAACGAGUGAACAAACCAUUUUCAAGUCCAGGAGGAAGUCAGGUACCAUCCCUAAUUGCCCACCAGCGAAUUGGAGAACUGCUCCAGAUUUUCGUUAUGCUUGUGAAAAUGAUUUCAGGACACAAGCGGUCUAUAGCAUCUCACAUGACAAAAUUGAGGUUGAUUCAGAAACAGCGGUUGCAAUGAUGGAAAAUGUGGUUCCAACAGAGAUUGACGCUGAUUGGAAAAUUGGAGGAAAUGCAGCUGCAACAUCUGGGCUUCUGGUGAACGUUCAAAAUUAUGAAGAAUAUUUUGCCCAAUUUUGUGACACCGUUAUGAAUGCAGAAUUGAAUUCUGUUGAUUCAAAUGCUAUGACUGAUGUGCCUGCAAAGAGUUCACCCAAUUUUAGCCGGAAAGGGAAGCUUAAUACUGGCAAUCCCGAUAGAGCCAAAGCAAUGUUGACUGGGAGGCUUGGUGAGCUUGCUGCUUUCAGAUAUUUUACAGGGAAUGCUGGUAAGACAGCGGUGAACUGGGUUAAUGAACUUAGUGAAACCGGGCUUCCAUAUGACAUCCUCAUUGGGGAGAAUGAAGCUGAUAGAGAGUACAUUGAAGUUAAAGCAACCACGACUAAAAGGAAGGACUGGUUCAACAUAUCCACCAGAGAGUGGCAGUUUGCAGUUGAACGGGGUGAAUCUUACAGCAUAGCGCAUGUGGUUAUUGUAGACGAUAACACUGCGAGGGUUUCAAUCUUUAAGAACCCCGUAAAACUGUGCCAGCAAGGCAAGCUGCAAUUGGUGGUCAUGAUGCCAAGGCAGGAGACGGAUCUUUCUGGUGUGUCCUAAUAGGAGGAGCUACUUACUGUCGGCUGUCCAGUAUUAUAUUGAUUUUCCCAGCAACCCAUGUUGUUGUGGAUAAACAUUGAAACUGCUGCUUGGUGGCCAUAAUGAAUGCAACUUCCUUCAGAUUUCAUGGGAAUUUUGAUGUGCCUGUCCUGGACGCCAGAGUGCUGUACAGAUAAUACUAAGCAUGACGCUGCAAUUACCCAAGGCGACAUUACUGGACAUCUUCAUGUAAGGUGACAAGUAGGAAAAUGAAUGGUUCCCAAGCCAAAGGCACUUCCGAGAUGGUCACUUGACUAUGGUCCGAGUGGAGAGAAGUCCAAGAAAUGAGGUUCUCUCUCUAUUAUCACCGUCCUCCUCCUCCCUCUUGCAUGUUAAUCGGAGGUAGUUUCUGUCUCACAAACAUUCUCAGCGGGCAUGGUCCUUGUAGUGAAGGGAGGGCGACAUGGUUUUUGUGUCUAAUCCAGUUCAGAUAUAGCUCAGAAUCCCCCUAGGAACGGUUUAUUUGUGAUCUCUUACUAGUAUUCUGUCAACCUCCUCGACGUCCUUAGCACCAUUUCCGAUUGACAAACGGUUUUGUAUAGAAACCCCAUAACUUAGAUGAUUUAGUUCCCAGACAUUCAGACAUUCCCUCUAGCGGUGAAAGGGUCUGUAAGGGGUAUUGGUCUUGAAGUAUGUCAUAUCUUUAUGGGGCCAAGUCCAUAGCCAAUUCGAUAAAAAAAACACGAACUUUAAGUAUUGUCCCAAAUCUGGCCCGAACUUUAUUUUGUCUAAAAAAAAAAAAAAUACAUAAACUUUCACUUGUGUCCCAAAUUUGGCCCUCCGUUAAUUAUCAUUCCACAGUCAUCCAACGUGGCAUUUCCACGUCAGUAAUAAUAUCCAACACAGUAAAACAAUGUUUCAUUCAAAUGUUUGGAGGAAGUGUUAAAUUUAAGUCUGCCUUCCAAUGGGAUGAACUUUACAAAUGAUUCUCAUGGGAAAAAUAAUUCAGCAGCUUCAGUUCGAGGAGACGAGGCACAUAGCUAGGGCCAUUAGAUCAAUUAACAAUUGGCAAGCUGUUUGCAAUGUCGAAACUGGGUUGGAAGCAGAAG